AUGAGUUACUUCCUGUCUUACUGCAAAGCUCAUGGAAGCUCGCUGCUCACCGGGUACCAGGCCCUGCGUGCCGAGGGCUUCCUGUGCGACGUAAUAUUGGAGGCUGAGGGAAGUGAGUUCCCUGCGCACAGGUCGCUCCUGGCAUGCUCCAGCGACUACUUCAGGGCCCUGUUCAAGAGCCACACCCAGGAAUCCAGGGCGCGAGUGAUUCACCUGCAAGUGCCUUCGGCAGCCGGUCUGCAGCGCCUGCUGGACUUCAUCUACACUGCCUGGCUGCCACUCUCCAUGGACACCGUGGAGGAUACUCUGGAGGCUGCUAGCUACCUUCAGGUCACUGAAGCCCUGGGGCUUUGUGCCCGCUACCUGGAGCGACAGCUGGCUCUGGAAAACUGCUGCUUUGCAGCCAAUGUGGCUGCACGUUUUGGCCUAGUGCACACGCUGGACACAGCUGAGCGGUGCAUUGUGCGCCACCUGCGGGAGCUGCUAGCUAGGGGCGCGGGCCCCGCAGGGCUGCUAGAACUUAAUCCUGGGUCUCUGAAGGCCGUGCUGGGUGCCUCCGAGGUGGCCCAGGUGCCAGAGGCCUGGCUGCUGGGCCUGGCCCUGGCCUGGCUGCGGCAGGAGCCUGCUGUGGAGCGCUUGGCUCACUGUGCAGAGAUGCUCCAGCUUAUCCGCUUUGGCCUAGUACCAGCCAGCAUACUGCGGCGCGUGUACUCCGGCUCAGGCCUCACACUGCCUGCCCGAGUCAAGGGCCUCAUUAUCCAAGCCCUUAAUUACCACAUGGCGCCUUCCCGCCAGCCUCUCAUGCAGGGCGAGCAGACCAGCAUCCGGAGCCCCCAGACACACAUCUUGUUGAUUGGGGGGCGAAGGGCGAGGGAGGCCAUGACCGAACAGGCCGCGGCUCCGGCGGCCAGACGCCCGGUUGCCGCGGUAGAGCCUGAGGAGGUGGCCGAGGAGCAGGAGCGGGAGGGAGAGGAAGAGCUGGAGGAGGAGAAGGAGUGGGAACUCACCCAGGAAGUGGUGGCCUUCGAUGUGUACAACCACCGCUGGCGGAGCCUCACCAAGUUGCCGGCACCGUUGCUGGGCCACUGCGUGUGCACUCUGGGCAACUUCCUGUUUGUCCUGGGCGGGGAGAGUGCUUCCGGCAGCGCCCCCUCUCCCCAGGCUGAAGGCCGGUGGGCAGUCACGGCCCAAGUGCACCGUUAUGAUCCUCGCUCUCAGGCUUGGGCUGCUGUGCCUGCCAUGCAGGAAGCGCGGGCCUAUUUCUGGUGUGGAGUUGUGGGUGAGAGCCUCCUGGCCGUCGGGGGCCUGGGUGUGGGCGGCGAGGCCCUGGCUUCCGUGGAGAUGUACGACCUGCGCCGGGACCGCUGGACGCCAGCUGGGACCCUGCCACGGGCGUUGCACGGCCACGCGGGGGCUGUGGGGGAGCGUGGUGUUGUGUAUGUGUCUGGGGGUAAAGCAGGGAGAGCUGAAGGCAGCACGAGCAGCCUGCGGGACUUGUACGCCCUGGACCCUGGGGAAAGGGUAUGGAGCAAAAGGGCACCUAUGGGCACCGCCCGCUUUGGGCACCACCUGGCAGUACUGCGUGGCAAAGUGUUCGCCUUUCUGGGUCAGUUCGAGCCCUUCUCUGAGAUUGAACGCUACGACCCUGACUCGGACCAGUGGACUCGGUUGCGUCCACUACCCUAUGAUCGUUUCUGCUAUGGGCUGGCUGUGGUGGAGGAGACGGCGUUGCUACUAGGUGGCCUCAAGUGGCGGGACUCACGCCAGGUGCCUACCUGCAAUGUGGUGGGCUACGACCUUGACCUGGACCGCUGGGAGGACAUAGGCUGCCCACUGCCUUGGGCCUGGAGCGGCCUACAGUGCGCAGUGUUGCAGCUGGCUGAGAGUGCAAACCAAGAGAGGGAGGUAGAGCUUGGAGAGGCACUUGAUUUAGUGCUGGGCUAA